GGCCGCUGGACGCCCCCAGGAGAUACAGUCCCACCGCCUUGGAGGGCUGCCGCUGCGGGACGGGCCAUGGACGAUACCCUGUUCCAAUUGAAGUUCACAGCGAAGCAGCUGGAGAAACUGGCCAAGAAGGCGGAGAAGGACUCUAAGGCGGAGCAGGCCAAGGUGAAGAAGGCCCUGCAGCAGAAGAACGUAGAGUGUGCCCGUGUGUAUGCGGAGAAUGCCAUUCGCAAGAAGAAUGAAGGUGUGAACUGGCUCCGCAUGGCGUCUCGUGUGGACGCAGUGGCCUCCAAGGUGCAGACAGCUGUGACCAUGAAGGGGGUGACCAAGAACAUGGCGCAGGUGACCAAAGCCCUGGACCGAGCGCUGAGCAGCAUGGACUUGCAGAAGGUGUCUGCGGUGAUGGACAGGUUUGAGCAGCAGGUGCAGAACCUGGACGUGCACACCUCGGUGAUGGAGGACUCCAUGAGCUCGGCCACCACGCUGACCACGCCGCAGGAGCAGGUGGACAGUCUCAUCGUGCAGAUUGCAGAAGAGAAUGGCCUGGAGGUGCUGGACCAGCUCAGCCAGCUGCCUGAAGGCGCGUCUGCCGUGGGCGAGAGCUCCGUGCGCAGCCAAGAGGACCAGCUGUCACGCAGGUUGGCCGCCCUAAGGAACUAGGAGCCCCUGCAGGGCACUGCCUCCUGGCCCGUGUCCCCCUGCGUCUUGCCUUCGUGCUGACCCUGCAGCAGCCCUCAGCCCUCACUGUUCUCAGCAGCUCUCGCCUGCCAGGCCUAGGACCCUCCUGUCCUCUUAGGCUGGUCGGCGAGUGAGUUUGCACAAACUUCUGACUUCUGUGGGUGAUUUCUGUGACUUUGGCCAAGCAGCUGGAGGAUUAGCAGGCUCCCUUCUGUGCCCCACUCUGCACGGACACUUGUGAUAGCAGGUCUGCUACUGGCUGUCAGCCAGUGGGGGUCGGAGUCCCCUGCUGUCAGGCGGUACCUGGAGCCCUCCCAGCAGUGGGCAGGAGCUCCCCCAUCCCCUGGACAGACACAGGCCCAGGUAGUGCCCCAGGAUGUGUUGGGCAGACCACUGAGCACCACCCAGCAAACACCCACCCUGCAGCCUUUGCAGAAUGUCCUGGGGGUGGGGUCCUGUCCCCUCCAGCCUAGACCUGUGCUCCUGCCAACUGGCUGAGCCCUUGGGAGCCCGGCCCCAAGUCCAGGCAUGCCCACUAUGGGGGCAUGUUCUCAAUCCCCUGCUGACUCUGGAGGGCCCCUGGGUGUGUGCGGUGACCUCUCAGAGCCCAGUCUGUGUCAGGCCCUUCCCGGCCAAAGAGCAGGCAGCCACACGGUCCCAUCUGGCACUAAACUGUAGUGCCUCCCCAUGGACCCUCACACCCUUGACCUUGGAAGACAGAGUGGCUGACAGGAGCCCCCUCAGGGUCAGCUGUGGCCACACGUCCAGGACAGAGCAGCAGGCUUGUCCAGGUGAUCUGCUGGGAUGGCCUGGAGGCAGCUGCACCUUCUGCUCUUCACGAUCCUGAAGUUUACUUCCUUUUCUUGAAGCUGUUUUGUUUUGUUUUGAGGUUCUUUUGUUUUUUGGUGUUUCUUUUUUUUGCCAAAAUAAGAGCAGACAGCAGAUGGGGAGCGUUGGGUCUGCGCCCUCCUUGGUUGGAGCUAGUGGGAGCUGUGGUGGGUGCCAACCAGGCCUGCUCCCUGCACAGCUGACCUCCCUACCAGCCCUUCCCAGAGGCUCUGGCUGUCCAGUCUGUCCCACACCGAUGGCUCAUGUGGACAGAAAUAUUGGAGACCUUCACCUUGA